AUGCAGCUCAUCUUUGGGCUUGUUACGGGGUUGUUGACGUGGUCAGCUGUUGCUGCCACUGUCAAUACGGUUCAUCCGCGUCAAAGUAAUCGAACGGACUACAAGGUUGGAUAUACUCCACUCAAGACGGAAUGGACGGACACAGUGGGGACCAAUCCUUGGCCAGAGUAUCCACGACCACGCCUCCAGCGAACAGACUGGAAAAACCUUAAUGGUGUGUGGGGAUACAGGAACACUACAAAUGGUUCGGACGCAUCACCACCUUUCGGACAAACACUGGAAAACCCGGUCCUAGUUCCCUUCUGCCUUGAGAGUGCUCUCUCGGGUGUGACAGGAAAGGGUCGCAUGUGGAGUUGGUACCAGACAUCAUUCGCAGUACCGUCAUCAUGGCCUAGCGGCAACAACGUCAUCUUGAACUUUGGUGCUGUUGACUACGAGGCCACAAUCUUUGUGAACGGCAAGAAUGCUGGUUUCCACAGAGGUGGAUACUUUGAGUUCAGUGUAGACGUGACGCAAUACCUGAGCGCAAAUGGGACGAAUGAACUGCUGGUAUAUACCUUCGAUCCGACGGAUGUGGAUAUGGUCCAAAUACCGAUCGGAAAGCAAACGUUGAACCGAGAGGGGAUGAUCUGGUACACACCAUGUAGUGGUAUCUGGCAGACUGUGUGGCUUGAGUCAACACCAAAAGAGCAUAUCUCGAAACUGGACCUAACAGCGGAUAUGGAUGGGACUGUGACUGUAACUGUUCACAGCAGCACUAACCUAACAAAUAUCCCAUACGAGAUCACAGUCCAUGAACUAGGCUCAACCGAUGCCAAAGCGACAGCUAAGGGUACUAGCGGAUCCGCGUUUACCUUCAAUGUCCCAUCGCCAGAACUGUGGACUCCCGAUAGUCCUACCCUGUACAAUAUCACCAUAAAAAUGGCCAGUGACACCAUCCAAAGCUACACCGGAUUCAGGACUGUUUCCCGCGGUACCAUCAACGGGAUACAGCGCCCACUCCUGAACGGAAAGUUCGUUUUCCCCUUCGGUACGCUCGAUCAAGGGUACUGGCCAGACGGAAUCUACACACCCCCAAGUGUCGAAGCCAUGGUUUAUGAUCUCAAGGUGCUGAAGAAUGUUGGCUACAACAUGGUACGCAAGCACAUUAAAGUUGAACCGGCCUUGUUCUACAGAGCUUGCGAUGAGAUGGGGAUGCUGGUCAUCCAAGACAUGCCUUCUCUACGACCAGAUCUGCCGGACGGCUGUGGUAGUAAGCGAUUAGCAGGCCAAGAUGCGCAAGAUGAGUUUGAUCGUCAGUUGGCUUUGAUGGUAGAGCAGCUCAAAUCAUACCCCAGUAUCUUUGCUUGGACAAUCUACAACGAAGAAUGGGGUCAGGAUACCUCGCCUCCAUGGCCCGAAUUCCCAUUAACAGAAAUGGUAAGAAAGAUCGAUCCCACUCGCCUAGUCAAUUCUGUCAGUGGUUGGACGGACCAUACAGCCGGCGACUUCGACGACAACCACCACUACUCCACACCCCAAUGCGGCACGCCAUUCUGGUCCCGCCAAGGCAACAACUACGACUCCGCCUACGACAGUUCGCGCAUCGGGCUCCAGGGCGAAUUCGGCGGCAUCGGCACACAGCUCCCUGAGGACAACUUCGCGCACGCUUGGUUCAAAGACCUAGAGAAGCAGACCGCAUACGAACUUACCAACGGGACCAACUGGUGGAACUACCGCUGUCACGAUUUGCUCAACCAGUUGCGCGAGCAGAUUGAUCUUUUUGCUUGCUCGGGCGGGGUCUGGACGCAGACUACGGAUGUGGAGGGAGAGGUUAAUGGGAUGAUGACUUAUGAUAGGAAGGUCGUGAGGAUGAAUGAGACUAUGUGGAAGGAAGAUAUACAGGCGCUUUAUGAAGCGGCGGAGAAACGGGCGAAUAAUGCGACGAUGGUGAUCAGGGAUGUUAGUAGAGGGGGGUUGCAGUACGGUAUGCCUUGA